GGUGGUAAAUCUCAUAUCCGGAAGCCUUGAAUCACAAGGUGUUCAAGGACUUUGGCCACUGGAAAUUGCUGUGUCUUGUGAGAGAUGCUCCUAAACCACAAGUCAGGCAGGAAGACAGAGAUGCACAGGUGACUUCUUCUGCUUCUCCUCUUCAGCUGUUGUUAGAGGGACUGUGAUGGAGACAUUUGGCCUGAGGAGGACUCAGUCCCUGAAGACUCUUUCUGAUGUUCAGGAGAGGUCGUGGGUCCUGCCAGCUUCAACCCGCUGGGACAGAAAAUCUGUCUCUGAGCUGGUGCAACAUUACCAAAGCUGUGCUGACCUGAGGAGUUAUGACAGAGCAGAGCAAAAAGCUGAGCUGGCAGAGAGCUGUGUGGACAGCAGAGAGAAGGAUUCCCUCUGGGGGUCAAGAAGAAGCUCUAAUCUGUCCAGGAGUCGCUCCAUGGACUUCUUACCUCAGAGGCAGACUUCCAGCACCAGAGCUCUGUGUGCUCUGUUUGAGUCCAAAGCCAACCUGCAGAACUACAGCAGCAACCCUGGGCUCAACUCCAAUAACACAGGGAGAGACUGCCACCUGCAGGACAGGAGAGGUCACAACACUCUUCUAAAGGACACAACUACUCGGAGCGCCACCCAGCUGGAUGGAGGAAAGCCAAUGAAUGGACUCCCAGAGAGUUACAACAGAACAUCUAAGCACACACAUGAUGACAAAUAUAGUUCAUCACUGACUAAGGGGGGCUCCCCAACAAGACCAGCCAGAGACAGGAUAUCCACGUCCUCCUCAGUGAGAGACAGAUCAGCUCUCUAUCUGUCCAGAGCAGCAGCUAUUGACUCCACAGGAGGCUCAACACAGCCAGAAUUCAUUGCCGCACCAGCAACAAAAGUCAAAACUAGUAAGAUGGCAGAUGCCGCCAGAAAAGUCACAGUUUCACAACCCCCUCAUGAUGAAGAUGACCUGCCUCUCCCCCCACCUCCUCCUGUGCCACCGAGACCUCUUGACUAUGAAGGGCCCUUAGCUCAAAGUAGCCUUCCAGUGCCUCCACCUAAAGAAACCUUCUCCAUGUUCUAUCAGCAGCGGCAGAAGACUGAACUGAAGAGGCUUUUCAAACACAUCCACCCAGACCUCCGGGCAAAUCUCGACGAUGCAGUGGACGAUGAGAUAAUGAAGGCAGUGCAGUCGGAAAACACUCAAGCAGGAGACGCAGCCUAUCAGGGAGAAGUGCAGUCCAUGAGGUGGAUCUUUGAGAACUGGACUCUGGACAAUAUUGGAGAUCCUCAUGCAACUAAGAAGCUGCUGGAUAAUGAGGAGCUAAAGGGUGGAGACGUCAGAAGCACCUCCUCAAUGUUUGAGCACAUCGACAGCACCCAACAAAUGUCUGCUCAAAGACAGACUUCUGUCAGAGGGGAUGUGAGAACAUCAACAUGGUUGUUUGAAACCCUGCCUUUAGAUUCCCUAAACAAAUCAAAAAGAGAAGAGAGUGAACUGGUUGAGGCAGUGCUGAAAGAACCCAUCCAGCCCGGAGAUGUAAGAGGGACUCGGCUGCUGUUUGAGUCUAAAACACUGAGUGACUUAGGACGCUGCAAUUCCAUUGAAGACCACAGCUUCCUGAAACUGAGAUCUGAGCUUCAGGAGCAGAAAGGAGAUGUCCAGAAGACAGUGAAGCUCUUCCAGACAGAACCCGGCUGUGCAAUCAGGGACAACAGCGGUAAUAUCCAUGAGAUUAAAUCCAUCUGCAGGGAGGAGAUCAACAGUAGCAGCAUCAGCACCGCCCGGUGGCUUUUUGAAACUCAGCCUUUGGACCUGAUUAAUAAGGGAACUGAUGGAGUGAAAAUAAUUCGGGGUAUAUCUCUGGAGGAGGGGCACAGAGGAGGUGUUGACCGAAAGAGGUGGAUGUUUGAAACUCAGUCAUUUGACACGAUACGAGAGGUUGUGGGAGUGGACAAGUUUGAAAGAACUUCAGGGGAGGCUGAUGUCAGCAACAAAAGGAAACUCUUUGAGAUGCAACCACUGGAAAAACUAAAAGGAGAUUCUGCAGAAAAGUCUGUGGAAAAGGAGGAAAUCAUUGGAGGUGAUGUCAAGACUUCUCUGUGGCUGUUUGAAACUCAGCCAGUGGAGGCUCUUAGUGACAGUUACAAAGUUGGGCACCUGAAGAAAAUUACCCUUUCAGCUGAAGAACAAGGAGAAGUAAAAGGCAAAAAAGAAAUAUUCGAGAGUGGCAGCAUUCAAAAGAACACUUCAUUUAAAGAGCAAGAGAUUGAAAAGGGUGACGUUAAAGGAUUCAAACAACUUUUUGAGACAAUUCCUUUGAGCAAAAUUGCUCAUUCUGAUCAGGAGAUUACCGAGAAGGAAAAUACUAUUACAGCUGGAGAUGUGAAAGGUAACAAAGCAAUGUUUGAGAUCACCCCUUUAUAUGCAAUAAAGGACAGCUCUGGAAACCUCCACAAGGUUACAACAGUCAGCCGAGAGGAAUUCAUCAAAGGGCAAGUCAAAAACUAUAAGUGGAUGUUUGAGACCAAGCCUUUGGACCAGCUGGCAGAAGGAAAAGAAAAUGUUGAAAUAAUCAAAGGUAUCACCAGACAGGAGGAUAGUAUGGGUGAUGUCCAGAUGGCAAAGUGGCUUUUUGAAACCCAGACAAUUGACGGGAUCCAUUCAAAGUUCAAUCAGACCGAGCAAAGCUCUUCACUGGAGGAGGAGCAACGUAAAGGUGACGUCAAGACCUGUAAAUGGUUAUUUGAGACACAACCGAUGGACAUUUUGUAUGACAAAUCUGAAAAAAUGAAAGAAAAAGAAGUGAUUGACAACACAGAUGUCAAGUCCAUUACUUGGCUUUUUGAAUCACAGCCUCUCGACAGCAUCAAAGAUGGCGAUGAGUACAAUCUAAAGCUAUGCAGCACCACACAGGAUUCUGUCAAAUCAGAGGUCGGUGUUCAAACAGUCAAACAUCUUUUUGAAACAGAAACCUUGGAUAAAAUAAGCAGGGAUUCAAAAGUAGAACAAGAUUUGAGAUGCAUCAGUCAGGUCAACUUUCAGUCAGGAGAUGUCUCACGAGUCAAAGAACUAUUUGAAUCCCAAUCCCUUGAUGAAAUAGGAUUAGAAAUGAUGGCAACAUCAGUUGAGCAGAACCAAGACAAACAGAUUGAAAAAGGUUCUGUACAUAAAUUUACUUGGAUGUUUGAGAACUGCCCCAUGAACAAAAUCAGCAAGGACAAUGAGGAAACUAAUGUGGAGAGAGUUGGAGGUCUUGAGAGCGGUGAUGUACAAAACAAAAAGUUCAUAUUUGAAACCUCAUCACUGGACAAAAUCCACGAUGAACCACUUGAGCACCAGUCAGUCUGUGUGGAACAACCUGCAAUCAAUGUCGACGUGAAGUCAAGCACGAUGAUGUUUGAGUCGCUGCCACUGUACGCCAUCAGAGACAAAGAGGGCCUGUUUCAUGAAGUCACAACUGUAAAGAAAGAAGAGGUAAAGAGUGGUGACGUAAGAGGAGCAAGAUGGAUGUUUGAGACAAAACCACUCGAUGCUAUCAAGGCAGAGAAUGAAGUUUAUGUCAUCCGAGCUGUCACCCAAGAAGAUGUCAAGAAAGGAGAUGUAAAGUCAGCCAGAUGGAAGUUUGAGACACAACCUCUGGACUCCUUCACCAGCCGAGAAGAGUCCCCUGUUACAGUCACUGAAGACUUUGGCAGCACCAGUGUGCAGCUGAAUAAACAGAAAUUUGAAUCUGAGCAGUCAAGCAAUAAGUUUGUGCGAAUGGUUAGUGUCACUGAUGUCCAGCGUGGUGAUGUCAGGACCUCCACAUGGCUCUUUGAGAAUCAGAGCAUUGACAGUCUGAAAGGGGAACCUCAGGAGCAGACUCCAGUGAAAACAGUCCACAGGGAAGACAACCAGAAGGGAGAUGUGAAACGCUGCACCUGGCUAUUUGAAUCACAGCCCUUGGACAAGAUCAAGGAGCCUGCAAAUACCUCAGUGCAAGGUGUUGAGGAGAUACCAAAAGCUGAUGUGAAGUGCACUACCUGGCUGUUUGAAACCACUCCACUGGACAAAAUCACUGUCAACAGUGUUGCUGACACACUUUCCUAUUUGCGUCAAAUGACUUUUAUUCACUCAAGUGGCAUCAUUAUUGAAGCAAAUGAGAGCAGGAAUGUCAACAUGGCAAAAUAUCUGCUUGAAAGCAAUGAAGGUGUGCAGAUCCAGAAAGAGGAGGUUGUUGGGGGUAACAUCAGGAACAUCAUGCUACAACUCUUACUCAAACCAACCCUCAAUCCGCAAGUUACACUUCUGAGAGAAACUGAAAAAGGCAAAGUUAACACAACAGUAGUAGAGCUCCCUGUCUUCCAGUCAAGCACCACAAUCAACAUAGAGAGAGAUCAAAGAAUACAAAACAUUGCCCAGAUGAUCGAUGAGCUGCUUGUUGAAGAUAAAAAUUUCAAAAAGGGAAUCGUAAUGCAAGAGACUGCAGAGGGACAAGCGCAGAUGUCAGUUUAUUCGCUCAUCUGUAGUUAUGAGAUGAAAACUGAGAGUCACCUCACAGAGAGGGGAGAUGUAAAGUCAACAAUUGGAAACCUGUUAGCUACUGCCAACAGUCAGAGGACUGCAACAUUAUGUAGAGUGGAUGAAAACGAGAAGGGAAACGUCAAUCUGUACAAAAGCUGUAUUGAGAAAGGAGAGCUGCAUUACCUGAAGAGUCUUCAUGCUGAGACAGAAGAUGAAGUUGAUCACAGCUAUUUGGCCAAAGAGCAGAUUGAAACAGUGCAAGGUGGUGUGAAGGAAGCAAAGAGAAGCCUGUGCCAGCAAAAAGAGCAAGUGGAACGAACCAUUUCUGAUGUUCUGCCAGGAGAUGUGAAGAACACCAAGAAAGUUUUUUCAUCAGAAUGUUCUGUCAACACUGACAACUCUAUGCCAAAGGAAGAAAUAAUUCCUGGCGAUAUCUCAUCAGCAAAGCAACAACUUUCAGUAAAGCAACCUGUGUUUGUUGAAAAAGAGGAGAUUGUAGCUGGAGACAUCAAGGCAACAAUGCAGUCAUUAGAACGUGCGAAGCAACAGAGCAUGUGUGUGGAGCGAGAAAUCUUUACACCUGGAACUAUCUAUGACAUGGACUUGUCAGCUCAAGGUCCAGAAAUCGAAGGAAACCAAGCACAAAAAGAGGUCAUUAUAUCCGGAGAUGUGAAAGCAGCAAAAAAGUCUCUGGAAAUGGCGAAGAUGCAAAGCAUGCAUGUGGAUCGGGAGGUGGUUGUUCCUGGAAAAAUAUACAACCUGAAUGUGUCAGCGCAUGAGGAAAGUUCUUCUACAGUGACACAGUCUGCAUGCUCAUCCUCCUCCAGAUGCCAGCAAAUCAGGACUUUUCCAAAGGUCAGUGAUGCACAGAGAGAUCAGGAAAGCCAUGUUUCCUUUGAACCUUGUCAACAAAGUGCAGUCGUAGUCAGUAAUUGUGCCCCAGAAUCACAUACACCUUUUGUGGGAUGUGAGUUUAAUGGUCAUACAACUGAAGAUGAGGCAGAAGAAGCUAUAAGAGGAGAUGUGAAGGCAGCCAUUAGAUCUCUGCAGAAUGCAGCCACAGAGCAGAAGUUCUUAGAUAAAGAGAAUAUUGUAAGAGGAAAUGUGCAAUUGGCUCUGGAAUCUCUUGAGAAGUCUAGCGUAAAUGUAUCCAAAGGAGACUAUAAAGCUGCAAUGAUAUACAGGAAUUCAGGCAGAGCUUGUUCAGAGAGGAGCAAGACUGUUCACAAGCAGUGUGUUGUGGUGUCUGUGCCUCCAUCUGACACAAAAUUAUCUCCUUCAAUUUCAGUAACCUGUGAAGGACAGCCAUCCAUUACAACACAGAAUCCAACUCCCAACCCUGUAGCAAAUGGAAACUCUAAAUCACCCAGUUCUGAAAAUGGAAAUCCACCUCCACUCUGUUCAAAGACUGAGAAAUCACAGGAGCAGAAACCAGCUUUACCACCGAAGCCACAGUGGACAAAAUCAGUCGUUGUGGAAGAACCAAAAACGUUGCCAGGUCCUUCUCUUGAAGUUGCUCGCCCUAUUAAAGGCAUAGUAAAAGGUGCAGUGAUUUCUCCAAAACAGUUUCCUUCACUGUCUAUAGACAAGCAACAAGAAACUACAACACAUGGUAAAAUCAGUAAAGAGAACUUACAUGAAACAUACCACAGAAAAUGUAUUGAGGAAGCAGUGCAAGAAUCUAAUCAAACCAGUGAACAUCUACUAGUGACUCAGGAAAACAUGAAGAAAACAGCACCACUGACAGGGAGCAAAUCAGACUGCCAACUGAUCAACAGCAAUGAUGUGGAAAUGGAGAGAAAUGAGAUCAAGAAAAUCAAUGCAGCUGAGGAGAUACAGAUGUGCAUGAAGAGUUAUGCAGAAGAAUGUAAAAAUGAAAUGAAUUCAAGCUUGCGGGCAGCUCUACAGAACUUUGAAAGAAAGGACAGUGAGGCUUUGGACAAAAGAGCUUCAUUUUCCAAGAAGGUAAAAGUCACAAAUGAUAGUGUUAAUGACCAUAAACAAACUGACAACAAACCACAUCUCAAACCUUCCAAAAAGCAACACAACAAGACUGAAGUGCAAACAUCAGAGAGUAACACCUCAACUGAUGUGAGUUUUAUGCAGCAAAAUCACCUCAAUGUAAAGAAAAACAAGCCUAAGGAUAAAGUAGUUUUAAGAGAGAAGAAAGCAAGGGAGACAGAGGACGAAAGACGACAAAGGCUUUCUGUCCACAAGGAGGAGAUCAUGAAGGGAAAUGUGAAGGCGGCAAUGGAAAUCUUUGAAAAUUUAAGGAAACGAGAGGAACUCAAAGGAAUCCUGUCUCAGGUGCAAGAAAUCGAAGGCGAGGCCAACAGCGUAGACACCAGCUGCCUGAAGACGUUGUACGAGAACGUCCCUGCUUGGAUGGCUGCACCAAGUCAAAAAGCUAAGCAAAGCAAAAUGGAGGAAAAGAAAGUUGAAAUAGAAACACAGGAUGAUGAUCUUGAGAGCAUCUCCUCAGUGGAGACUGCAUUUGAAGAUCUGGAAAAGGCGAGCAAGGAAAUAAUGAAUCUGAAGGAACAGACUUUAACAAAACUGCUUGAAAUCGAAGAAACAAUUAAAAAGGCUUUGUACUCUGUCUCUAAUCUGAAAUCUGAGGCGGACAUUGCAGGGUUGUCAGGGCUAUUUGAUGAAUCUUUGAAAUCUGAGCAAAACCUUCAACCCGGCAACAACAUCAGGAAGAUCAGUAUUGUGUCCAGCAAGGCCAAAUCAGGUCAAACCCAAGAGACGACUGAUGCAAAUCUCCAAACAGAUUUGGAUUCAAGCUUUUCCAAAAAAGACGGGCCCAGACAAGUGCACAAUAAGCCACUUAUUAGACAGUCAUCCUCCCAGUCUUCCCCAUCAUUCAUCUCCAUUCGCUCCGCUGCCAGAAGGCCCAUCGAGCAACCAAAGUCAACCAUGUCAACUUUCAAACCAAAGACGGAUGAUGCAAACAGUGAUCUGGUUUCUGCUGCAUCAGAGUCUUCAAAAAAUGGUCCACAACGCAAAGUCAGUGUGCUUGAGGUGAAAACUGUUCCAGAGCAACCAGCAGGAAUGAUCGGCAAAAAAACCGUCAGCGAAACAUACGAGGAGACUGAUGGCUUUGGCAAUGUUUUUGUUUCUUCCGUAACUUCAACAUUUGUCACCAAACAGUCUGACAGCAAAGCACCUGCUCUGUUUGAAGUAGUUGGGAGUCCAACCAGAUACGAAGUCAUGACAUCCCCAUUAAUGCGAAGACCUGGCCGCACUUUUGAAGAUAAAGUGUCGAGCAGCACCAAAGAGGAAGGGACGGUGUUUGUAACAUUCAGCCAACCGAAGGACAAGCAGUAAACAAGCCACUCGUCAAUGUCCUUUAACAUUAGGAAAGCAGUUAUUCCAUUUGUGUAUUUAUCCCAUUAUGUUUUAAUGGAGAGGUUUUGUUAGUUAUUAAACUGAUCUUAUGAAAUAAUGAAAAUGUUGACUUUAAAUUGCAAAACAUUUGUCUUAUAGAUUUUAUACUGUAACCACACAAUAAAGUGUUAAGUUCUUUUAUUAAGGCUAAGCAUAUAGUUAACACUGUAUGUUCUGUUGUGUAAAUUGUCAAAUAAAUUACAUUUUAAGAGAA